CAAAUCAGAAUCUAAAAUGGCUAAAUUUAUGCAAAUCCUUUUUGUUGCCCUCUUGGCUGUGGCUUUGGUGGCCGGCGAACCAAGACGUUUCUUGGCUCGUCAGGAAUUGGAAGAACCUGUUACUCCUUAUCCCUCGGCUGAUGAAUUGAAACCCGAGGUGCCAUUCGAUGAAGCUGUUGCCUCCGAAGGACAAAUUCCCUCCAAUCCUGUUGCUGGCGAAGGUGAAACCCCUUUCACCCCUGUUGCCGGAAAUGGAGAAACACCAUUCAACCCUGUUGGAACUGAUGAUGAUAAUACCUUCAUCCCUGCUGCUGCUGCUGAAGGCGAAACUCCCUUCACUCCCGAUGAGGUCUAUGGCCCACCAGAAGAAGAAGAAAACGUCAAUGCUGUUGAGGAAGAAUAUGUUCCAACUGAAGAAGAAAUAGCCUCGGCUCGCUUGACUGCCCGCCGUGCUGGUGCUCGCAGAGCUGCUGUUCGUUCAGCUAAAUUGCGCAAACCUGUUCGUGCCAGCCCAGCUAAAUUGCGUAAAGCUGCACCAGCUCGUCUCCAAGUCCAACCACAAUAUGUUCCUCAACCCAUCUUCUAUUACAUUUCCCAAUAAGUUCACAAAGC